UACUCGUAAGCCUACACUCUUUAUCGUUCUGAUGUUGAGGUUAAGAUAGUUGUUAGAUAGCAUUGUUUUGUAACUUUGGGUUUCUACAAAAUUGAAAUAAUCAAAUAGUACAAAAACUACAAUGGGUGCUACGGAUGUUGAAACUGAACCUGAAGUUUUCAGGAAGCUUUUUAUUGGAGGGCUAGACUACAGGACAACAGAUGAAUCACUGAAGGAACAUUUUGAACAGUGGGGAGAAAUUGUUGACUGUGUGGUCAUGAGAGACCCAAACACAAAGAAAUCCCGUGGGUUUGGUUUUAUCACUUACAAAAAAGCACACAUGGUUGAUGAUGCACAAGCUGCCCGUCCCCAUAAAGUUGAUGAUAGGGUGGUGGAACCAAAGAGAGCCGUCCCUCGAGAGGAUGCAGGAAAACCAGAAGCACAAGCUACUGUAAAAAAAGUGUUUCUUGGUGGUCUCAAGGAUGAUGUGGAAGAAAGUGAUUUACAAGAGUACUUUAGUACUUACGGUAAUGUUGUCAGCGUGAGCAUUGUAACAGAGAAAGAGACUGGAAAGAAACGAGGAUUUGCUUUUAUUGAAUUUGAUGACUAUGAUCCUGUGGACAAAGUUGUGUUGAAGAGACAUCAUUACUUAAAAGGAAAGAAGACAGAAGUUAAGAAGGCACUUUCCAAAUUGGAAAUAGAAAAUAUAAAAAGAUCAUCAGACACAAAAGGAGGCCGUGGAUCUGGUAGUCGGAUGUCUAGUUCCAUGCGAGGUAACCAUGGGGAUUGGGGCAGUGGAAGUUUUGACAGUGGAUAUGGACAAGGUUUUCGAGGUUAUAAUUCAGGUGGAUAUGGAAACAGUGGUGUAUGGAAUGAAAACUAUGGUGGUGGUGGUGGUGGUUUUGGACAAGGAGGCUGGGGUGGUAAUUUUGGGUCAGGAUAUGGAAACAGUUAUGGAGGAGGUCCUCUAAGAAGAAAUGAAUAUUUGCAACAACGACAAGGUCCAUAUGGAGGUGGAUACUAAAUAGUGGUUUUUGAAUAUCUGUGUAUGGGGAGCAUGAAGUUGGUUAAAAGGGAAUUGGAGUGUAAAAAUUGACAAAGCAAGCAAAGUUAAGACUUGAUGAUGUCUGAACAAACGAUUACCCGAAGAAGGAUCCCAUAGUUACACCAUCGAUCCGUUGUAAAGAUUACCUGAAGAAGGAUCCCAUAGUUACACCAUUGAUCCAUUGUAAAGAUUACUCGAAGAAGGAACCUAUAGUUACACCAUCGAUCCAUUGUAAAGAUUACCCGAAGAAGGAACCUAUAGUUACACCAUCGAUCCAUUGUAAAGAUUACCCGAAGAAGGAACCUAUAGUUACACCAUCGAUCCAUUGUAAAGAUUACCCAAAGAAGGAUCCUAUAGUUACAACAUCGAUCUGUUGUAAAGAUUACCCGAAGAAGGAACCUAUAGUUACACCAUUGAUCCGUUGUAAAGAUUACCCGAAGAAGGAACCUAUAGUUACACCAUCGAUCCGUUGUAAAGAUUACCUGAAGAAGGAUCCUAUAGUUACACCAUCGAUCUGUUGUAAAGAUUACCGAAGAAGGAUCCUAUAGUUACACCAUCGAUCUGAUUGUAAAGAUUACCUGAAGAAGGAACCUAUAGUUACACCAUCGAUCUGAUUGUAAAGUGUACCUGAAGAAGGAACCUAUAGUUACACCAUCGAUCUGAUUGUAAAGAUUACCCGAAGAAGGAACCUAUAGUUACACCAUCGAUCUGUUGUAAAGAUUACCCGAAGAAGGAACCUAUUGUUACACCAUCAAUCCAUUGUAAAGAUUACCCGAAGAAGGAACCUAUAGUUACACCAUCGAUCUGUUGUAAAGAUUACUUGAAGAAGGAACCUAUAGUUACACCAUCGAUCUGAUUGUAAAGUGUACCAAUCAACAAAAAUAUGAUCCUUAUUUUCAAAAUUCAUUUAACUGUACCAUUCCUUCCAAAGGGAUUUUAGGAUACAAGAACUCGGUGUCAAAACUUGGAAAAAAACCUUAUUUCAAACUUUAGAUUUUUCUUUCACUAGAAAAUUCAAAACUGUCUUUCGAGGUAUAUCCAUUAGUAAUAUACUUCUUCAAAAAUGUAACUAAAUAAUCUGCCAAAGCAUGAUUUUAAGUUCCAAUACUUGAAACUAUAGGUGUUAAUUGAUCUCUUGAAACUAUAGGUGUUAAUUGAUCACCUUUACAUAUUUUGUGAAUUCCAUAAAAAUAUCCCUGGUUGUUUUAUAAAUUAUGAUGUAAGAACAGAGAAUAAUGUUUAUUUUUUUUAAAAAAGAUUAUACCGUGGAAUAAAAUUUAAUUUAAUAUCACUGGUAUUCUUAGUUUUAUUACUUUGUCUAUACUAUUAAAAUUUAUUGAGCAUGAAUCAAUAUUGUUCACAUAAAAACAAUUCUUCUGUUAACUCUUAUUAAAAAGUUGACUUUAGUUUUGUUCUAUCAUUCCACAUCAAGGAUUGACUGAAGACCUGAAUGAGGAUUAUUUUGUUUGUCUAACAUGAUGAUGGCCAUUAGGUUCAUUAAGGUUACCUCUCAUUCACUGCAGAUCAAUUACAACAUUAAACCACAUAUCUAUCCAAUAAAAUAAUUCAAACAUUUCACUUCUUCAGAUAAACCAUUCCAUAAAUUUUACAACUAAACAGACAUAAAUAAUUUUACUAGAAGACCAAUUUGCACCUUGUUACAUCUAAUAUAUAAGUUGGUUCUUUCAUUACAUUCUCCAAACAACUUACAUUUUUUAACCUUGUGCCAAUCUGUUUCUGAGUUCUAUCAAACAUGUAGUGUUCCAAACGAGGCCUCACCAAGGUCUUAUUGAUGUUAAGUUCAAAACUCAUUGUAAUAGAACUCUGUGGGAUGUUCUCACCACACUACACAUUCUGGUUUAACCAGUCGUUGCUUUGUACCAAAAAUUUAGUGUUUUUCAAGCCAAAGCCUUAGUUAUAAAACUCAUUUUCCAGCUUCUGCAUAUCAGAAAAACCAUGAAAAACCUUACUCGAGGUGCAAGAACAUACUGUGGUUUUAAAUCGUGGGGGGUUCUAUAUGAAUUUAUUCUUCAUUUACCACAUAAAGUUGAAAUAAAGAAUAAAAGUUGGUCUGAUAAUAUUGUUUUCUCGUAUGAAUCAGAAUGUUUGAAUUUGACAGUUUGUACAAAUUGUCUCUGUUGUAACACAUGCAAAUAAAAAUACACUUUAUUUUGUACAUUUGAUAUAUAUCCAGUUUCUUAAAUGUCUCAUUUGUCUCUCUCUCUCUGCUGUGCAAGAUACAUAACACGUGAACAGUUUUUAGUCUGAAUGUCAUAUGCUAAUGGACUUUAAAAACACUGGGAACAGAAACCUUUGUUUCUUCAAUAUGCUAAGUUUUCAGAAAUACUUAAGAAUUUUAUAAUAAAUGAAAAGUUAAGAGUUCUUUAGUUUUUUUUUAGAAAAGAGGCUCACCAUGUACAGAUCUCAACAGAAACAAGCUUUUAUCACAGUUUUUAAAAACAUUAUAAAACAAACGUAUGUUUAUACAAUGGUGUUGAAAAGUUUUAAAGGUUAAAACCAAAACUAAUUAGAAAAAAAAAUGUGUUUAAUUUAUCCAAUACCUGGUGAGGUAAUUUUGUACCUAAAGUAUUCUAAGUGAUAUUAAACAGGAGUUUUUAAUUAACACAAUGUGUUACUUUUAAAUAUAUAAGUGGAAUAAUAACAGGGAAGGAAAGUGUUACAGCUAACAACAUAUACAAGUAAAAUAACAGGGAAGGAAAGUGUUACAGCUAA